AUAUUUUUUUAAAUUUACUAAACUAAUCCGGAAACAAAAAGGAAUUGCUCUCCUGUUCCUACACGAACAAGAUAAAAGAUCUGUGAUCUAGACAGGGACUUAGUAGUAUAAAAUCCCCAAUAUCUCACACCCUUUGAAACACAAAGCAUUCAGUCAACCCUCAAAGCGAAUUGAAUUAAUCUCCCACGUUUUCUCAAACUUAAUAACUUUUGAAAGAGCAAGACAAUGGCCUCAUCAUCAUCAGCGGAUUUGAAGAAGAAGAUAACCCUAAAAAGCUCCGACGACGAGAUGUUCGAGGUGGAAGAGGCGGUGGCUAUGGAGUCGCAGACCAUCAAACACAUGGUGGAGGACGGAUGCGCCGGCAAUGCCAUUCCUUUGCCAAACGUGACGAGCGCCAUCCUUGCAAAGGUCAUCGAGUACUGCAGGAAGCAUCGUGAAGAUGAGGGGGCUACUGCUGCUGAUGGCGAGAAAAAUGUCAAGGAGUGGGACGCCGAGUUCAUGAAGAUCGACCAGAACACUCUUUAUGACCUAAUAAUGGCGGCAAACUAUCUCGACAUCAAGGGCCUGCUUGACCUGACGUGUCAGACUGUGGCGGACAUGAUCAAGGGGAAGACACCUGAACAGAUUCGCACGACCUUCAACAUCAAGAACGAUUUCACUCCAGAGGAAGAAGAAAAGAUUCGUAGGGAGAAACAGUGGGCUUUCGAGUGAAUUAUGAUUAUUUAACGACAUUAAUUUCAUCAU